UGUAUUAACACACAGGAGGAGAGGAAGCCACAAAUAGAGAUUCAUCAUAACUCGUUAUUACAUUAUUACAGUGAACAUACAGCUGCCUGAGGCAUCAAGAUAGUUUCAACAUUAAGAUUUCUUCUCAGAGUCUAGCAGAAUGACUGCAAAUCCAGAUGUCUUUAAAACAAUUCAGCGAAAGCCUGGCCUGCAGAUAUGGACCAUCAAUAAAAUGCAAAUGGCCCCUAUCCCAGAGCAAGCAUUUGGGAAUUUCUUUGAGGGUGACUGCUACAUCAUUCUUUAUGUGAGCAGCAGUGCCACAAAAUCCACAGACAUCCACUACUGGAUAGGCAACAGUUCCUCUCAGGAUGAGCAAGGAGCAGCUGCCAUCUAUGUGACUCAGCUGGAUGAAUAUCUAGGUGGCAGUCCAGUUCAGUACCGUGAGGUCCAGGGAAGCGAAUCACCUAAAUUCAAAAGCUACUUCAAGAAUGGCAUCAUUUUUAAAAAAGGUGGUGUGGGAUCAGGAUUUACGCAUGUGGACACCAACAUCUAUAACAUUCUGCGCCUGCUCCACGUUAAAGGGACAAAACAUGUGACCGCCAGUGAGGUGGAGGUGUCCUGGAGCAGUUUUAAUCUGGGGGACAUAUUCUUGCUGGACAUGGGAAAAGCAAUAAUACAAUGGAAUGGUCCUCAAAGCAACAGACAAGAAAAAAUGAAGGCUGUUCUGUUGGCUCAGGAUAUCAGGGACAGAGAGCGUGGUGGCCGAGCUCAGAUUGGUGUGAUUGAGGGAGGGCAGGAGGAAGCCUCUCCUGAGCUAAUGAACGUUAUGGUAUCUGUUUUGGGUCAGAGGAGUGGCCACCUGAAAGAGGCAAUCCCUGACAGCAAACCAGACCAGAACCAGACCUCUAACGUCAAGUUGUACCAUGUGUCUGAUGCCACUGGUCAGCUGGUAGUGCAGGAAGUGGCUGCCAGUCCACUGACGCAGGAUUUGCUGCAAUCCUCGGACUGCUUUAUUUUAGAUCAGGGUGGCAGUUCAUUGAUGGUCUGGAAGGGUAAAGAAGCAUCAAAUGAAGAAAGACGGUCAGCUCUUAGUCGGGCAGUUGGCUUUAUAAAAGCAAAGAACUACCCGCCCAACACUAAGGUGGAGGUUAUGAGUGAGGGAGGGGAGUCGGCCAUGUUUAAACAUCUCUUCAAGUCCUGGAAAGAAGCUGGUCAAGCUCAAGGCUUUGGAAAGACCCACACAGUGGGCAAGAUAGCUAAAGUGGAUCAAGUGAAGUUUGAUGUCAUGGAGCUUCACGCUCAGCCUAAGCUGGCUGCUCAGGAGCGAAUGGUGGACGAUGGCUCAGGGGAAGUUCAGAUUUGGCGGAUUGAGAAUCUUGAACUGAAUGAGGUGAACCCAAAAACAUAUGGACAUUUCUAUGGAGGAGACUGUUACCUAGUGCUGUACACCUACACCAGAGCCAACAAACCUCAGUACAUCCUGUACAUGUGGCAGGGUCGUCAUGCCACACAGGAUGAGGUGACGGCAUGCGCAUAUCAGGCGGUGAAUUUGGAUAACAAAUACAAUGGAGCCCCCACACAGGUCAGAGUGGUCAUGGGAAAGGAGCCCAGACACUUCCUGGCCAUGUUUAAGGGCAGACUCAUUAUCUAUGAGGGUGGCACAGGGAGACCAGGUGUGGUUAACCCUAACACUGGUGCCAGACUCUUCCAGGUCAGAGGGGCAAAUGAGAUGAACACCAAGGCAACAGAGGUGCCUGCCCGAGCCUCCUCUUUAAACACCAAUGAUGUCUUUCUGCUCAAUACUGAUCAGAAUUUCUACCUGUGGUAUGGCAAGGGUUGCAAUGGAGAUGAGAGGGAGAUGGGCAAAGCCGUAGCCGAUUUGCUCUCUGAACAGGACAAGCAGAUUGUGAUGGAAGGGCAGGAACCUGCUCACUUCUGGGUGGCUUUAGGAGGGAAAGCUCCAUACGCCAGUGACAAGAGACUGGAGAAAGACGACCCACUUCAUGUUCCCCGUCUGUUUGAAUGCUCCAAUCAGACGGGCCGUUUCCUCAUGACAGAAGUGGCUGAAUUCACACAGGACGAUCUGGAUGAGGAUGACGUCAUGUUGCUAGACACCUGGGGGGAGAUUUUCCUAUGGAUUGGCAACACAGCCAACCAGUACGAGACUCAGGAGGCAAACAGCUGUGUAGUGGACUAUCUUAAAACCCACCCAGCAGGACGGGACCUUGGGACACCGAUCAUCUCUGUUAAACAGGGCUAUGAGCCACCCACAUUCACUGGCUGGUUCAAUGCUUGGGAUCCUCAUAAGUGGAGUGGAGGCCUUUCAUAUGAGGAGAUGAAAAGCAGCAUGGGUGAUGUUUCACAAAUCACAUUGAAUCUUAACAUCACAGACCUGAAUAAGAAGACAGGAGGAGGAAUGGGGAGCUACAGUGCUCCUGGAGGCCCAGGAAAUAUGAAGUCCCAAAAUCAGCAGACACCCUCCUCCAGCGCACAUAUAAACCACCCGAGUUCUGAGCAGCCAAAUAAAACACCUAGUCAGUUGCCUUCCGGAGAGGAUCCCAACAAACGAGAGGAUGUUUUGAAUGACAUUGAAUUUGAGAAUCUCCUCGGCUGCACCCGGACCGAUUUCCUGCGACUUCCUAAGUGGCGUCAGAGCGACCUAAAAAAGAAGGCAGGGCUAUUUUGAGAACAGUUUGGUCACACUUUAUAUUAGGUGGCCUUAACUAUUAUGUACUAACAUUCAACACAUACAAGACUAUGCAUUUACUGUGUAACUACAUGUUGAUCCGCAGAAUUCCCACAUUUGCUGCUACUGAGGUUGCGGUACGGGUAGGUUUAGGAGUAAGGAUAGGGUUAGGGUUAGGAUUAGGGGUUAAAAUUAGGUUUUGGGGUAAGGGUUGGCUUAGGGGUGAAGUUAACAGUGUAACUACAAAAUCUAAUUAAAUGCAAGUACUUUAAAUGUAAUUACGAUGCGACAACAUGUAUGUACAUAAUAAGUACAUGUAUCAAAUGGUUAAGUACAUAGUAGUUCAGUCCACCUAAUAUAUAAUGGUCCAGUGGUUUUACUACACUGAUCUUCAAACCUGAUUAUUGUACUCUACGGGUUGUGUGGGCCUAAUGUAUACCCAAAUAGAAAUGCUUUGUAAAUAUCUUCUUAUUACAAGAUAUACAGUGGGGAGAAAAAGUUUGAGACCACUCGUGAAAAUUCCUCUUUUCAAUUUUUAUAAUUUAAUCAUUUUCUUUCAACUUUUAUUACCAGCAUAACCAUUUGUGUGAAAUGUUGCAUUGAAAAAUUAACAUGAAUUACAGAAUUUCUUAGUAUUUUAGUAUGUCCCCCUUUUUGCUUUUAUGACACAUGCGCUUAAGCUGGCAUGAACUUCAUGAAAAGAGUAUCUUGCAUCAAUGAAGAUUAGAAAAUCUGACAUAAAGAAGCUAACAUCACAUAUUUGCUUAUUGGAUCAGUGACCUGGAAAUCGUGCAGAAUCUUAAAUAUUCCUAAUGAAAUAUUCCUAUUAAGUAUGUUUUCUAUUAAAAUAGAAUCCAUAAUUUUCCUUUGCUUUAAAAUUUAAAAACCCUUUCUGUCACCCAGCCCCCCCCCAAACAUAUCAUACU